UCCCCUUUAGAGUGUCCGGCAGCAACACUGGAACAGUGUUUAGGUUGACUGUCAGAUUGCAAUAUCAAUGUGAUUAAGUAUACAUCACGAAAUGGUGAUUCAAAAUUCAGAAUUAUUAAAUGAAAACGUCGAGAAUGUUGAUCCAGUUGUGCCAAAAGAUCAAAAAGAAUAUUCUCUAGAAAUUUUGAAAAUAAUCAAGGAAGCACAACAGCAACAUGGUUUACGUCACAGUGACUAUCAACGGUACAGAGGUUACUGUUCAAGACGUUUACGACGUCUUCGAAAAGUCCUCAAAAUGCCUCAGGGUGACAGGCGUCACUUCAAACGACGUGACGUCAAUUCGGGAAUGGUUAGCGAUGACAAAUUUCUGCAAGUUCCAUUGGUAAUGGCUGAAAGAGCUUGGAGUUACGCUAUGCAAUUGCGGCAAGAAUCGAACACUGAGCCGAGGAAGAAGUUCCAUUUAACAUCUCGAUUGAGAAAGGCAUCAACGUAUUCUCUUCAAUUACAAGAAUUAAUAGAGAGCGUGAAUUGCAGUGCUCGCACGAAAUUAGAAGCACAAGCUUACGUCGCUUGGAUCCACGGUUCUCUGCAUUUCGAGCUUGAAUUAUGGAAUUCAGCAAUGGAGAAUUUAAAGAAAGCUCAAGUUGUUUACGAGAAUUUAGCAGCAGCCCUGCCGGAAAUGGAGCAAAUAAUUUACAAAGCUCGAGUUGAGGAGUUGGCUCCGAGUUUAAGAUAUUGCGCCUAUAAUAUCGGAGACACUUCCGCCAUUGACGAUUUAAUGCAGAUGCGAGGUCAACUAAGUGGAGAAUUAUUAGCCAGCUUGGAUGCUCUGAUAACUCAGACUCGAGAGAAGCAAACAAAUGCCGAGGAAGUUGUGUGGCGUGGAAAAUCAUGUGGAUCGAUUCCACCGAGUGCAGCAGCAAUUCUAAUGGCUGACUCGCAAUUGAAUCAGGCUUUGACCAAAGCCAAUGAUCAGCAGGCGAAAAUUGAUCUUCUUCAAGCGCACUUGAGAGACUAUAAAGAAAAGAUAAAUGAUGUUCGCGAGAUUUUCAAGAGUGAAUUAAAGAACAAGGAACAAGCCACUGCUCCCCAGCAUUUGGUGGCUUAUCUCCAAUACAUCAGACUCUCGCGAACUCUAGAGCGCAACGUGGAGAUGAUCAGAAAGGAAGAAUCGGAGAAAGCAAAGCCUUCGAGCAUCGUUCGCCUCUACGAAGCGGCGCUUCACAAUUUGGUCGAAUUGUCCCAACUACAGGAUGACGAGGAGUUUAUGAAAGAACAGGAAGCGAAGACUAAAGCCUAUCGAGCAUUUAGAUGCUUCUACAUGUCACAAUCUUUAGCCAAUGUUCACCGAUGGAAAGAUGCAAUGGUUCUCUAUCAAAGAUCCCUGCAGCACACUCAAGACGCUCUUCAAGACGAAUCCCUUCUUCCAAAAGAUCUAAAAGAAUCUUUGAUCCAACUAAAGUCCUUGAUUGAAGGCGCACAGUACGCAUCCCACGCGCACAGCGUUCUAGAAGAGGGUCAAGAAGACGAUUCUCCAUUAAAUAAACAAGUGAAAAGUAAAAAACCCUUAUCGGAACGUCUUCAUGAAUAUCGAGAAGAUUCUGUUUUACUCAGCAAGCAACCGAAUGUUUACAAACUGCCACCACCAAUGCAGAGUAUCCCGUGUAAACCAUUGUUCUUCGAUCUGGCAUUCAACAUGGUCGAAUUUCCCGACUUGUCGAAUAAAUUACAAGAUCAAGGCAAGAAAGGACAAGCUGGACUUUCUGGACUUGUCAAAGGUCUUUGGGGAUGGGGAAAUAAAUAAAUUGUCUUUCAGUAAUUGGAUUUUCUAGGUCAAAGUGAUCAACUGUAUUUUAAGGACAUCUAAAGCACUUGUUUUCAAUCCAAAAUUGGUUAACAGCUAGAAUAAGAGGAUUGUAAAUUGGAGAUAUCUUUAUCACCAGAAAUUUGUUCUGAAAAUUAUUAUACACAAUGUUUUUAUUUUAACAUUGUACAAUAUUGUUUAAUUUCUUAAAUAUAAAUUGUUUGAGAAAGCAAAA